AUGAUUAAAAAAUUAUCAUAUUUCACAUAUGAAUCACUUCCUGUUUAUACAAUGGUAACUUCAUUAGUAUUGGAUGGCAAUGUAUUGUAAUUCUACUUGGUGAAUGUAAUGAGUUUGAAAUGAAUUAGAGCCUACAUUUGCAAUAACAGAUUAAAAUCAUAUCAUGGCAUUUAGCAAGUUUUCAAAAGCAAAAUUUGCCUUACAAUUAAGAUUAUCAGCAGAAAUUGAUUAAAGUGAUGAUACAUUAAAAAUUAAAAGAUGGACAAGUUUUGGUUUGACUUAUGAAGAAUUAUCAUAAUUACUUUAUCCAAAUUUAUUACCUGGAUAAGAAUUUGCAUUAUGUAAUUAAAAUAAUUAUGCAUAUAAAUAGAAUAUAAAUAAAAAUAAUUAUUUGGAAAGUUGUAUGAUAAGUAUUUCAAAUUAGUGUUCAUAGAAAAUGUGGAUCAAGAUAAACAAAUGACUUAUAUAAUAAAUACAGAUUAACAUGGAUAAUUAAGAAAACAAAUAGAAGUAUGAAAACAAUAGCAUUUUAGAAAUCAUUAACAUGGAUAGCAGGUUGGCAUCAUCCAAAAUAAUUUAUUAAAUAAUUAGAAGUAUAAAAGCCAAUAAAUUGAUUU